UAAUAUUACGUACCUAGCUUACCUACAUAAUACUUCGAAAUUCAUCGUCCGAAGUCGUCAUCUCUCAACAGAGGAACGGCUGUCGUCUACGAAUGAAAUAAUAGUUACCUACCUACCAAGGCUUAGCCUAAACGUGCUAGUGCUCGCCGCUCGGAAUCCGGAUCAAUUUCUAAACUUCUAACUUCUAUAUUCUAUUAAUUAUUUCUAAUUUUGUUCUUCAUAUUUAUCGCGGGUUCGUGGCGACCCGUUGAUAACAACUCCCGCACCUGAUAACAUUUGUGAUGGUUGUCGCUGUUUACUGUUUACAAUAUUCGCUGAUAAUCCAUCCUCUCGCGAUAGCUGAUCAAAUCAACCGUUGGCCCCUGACGUGAGAAUAUUAUUAUUAUUAUUUCUCGUUGCUGACUGUUGAGUACUGUAAUAUUCCUAUUGAAGUAUUGAAUUACCAAGUGCCAUUUGUUACAUGCACCACUUACGAUAACGUGCGCUGUUUCCGCAUCGGUGAUAUCUCUGAUGAUUUUAUAGUAACAUCAAUAGUUCCGGCAGUGGUAUCUCUCAGGAUUGUAUUCUUGGCAUGGCACCACGUCCCAUGUGCGCGUAGAACCAACUGCACUCAGCAACCCAAAAAAUAAGUCACCAUCAACUUUGUUUUGCGCUGUUGGUUGUCGUCGUCAAACAUAAACUUAUUGUCGUCUUGUAGGUUCAAAUGAUCAUGCUGAAAGCAGUAAUUCUGAUCGGUGGGCCAUCUAAAGGAACUCGAUUCCGACCCCUUUCGUUGGAUGUACCUAAACCGCUUUUCCCCGUGGCUGGUCUCCCUGUUGUUCAGCACCAUAUAGAUGCCUGUUACCGUCUGGGUCAACAACACAACUCAAUUUCUGAGGUAGAUAAUAAGAGGAAUGUCAGCAAAUAUUGUGUUGCUGAAGUGCUUUUAUUGGGAUAUUAUGGAGAUGAUGAACUGGCAGACUUUUUACUUACAGCCACUCAGAGUUAUCCAUCUCUGCGAAUUAGGUACCUACGCGAGCCUGAUGCUUUAGGUACAGCUGGUGGCCUAUAUCAUUUUCGCGAUACGAUUCUUGCUCCGUUAGGCACUAGUGAAGAUGAGCAAGUGCAGGCAUUUUUUGUAAUGAAUGGUGAUGUUUGUGCUGACUUUCCAUUAGAUGAGAUGCUUGAUAUGCAUUUCAAUAAUAAUAGUCUCCAGUCACAGCAUCAACAAAAACAACCAGUGCUAAUUACUGUUAUGGCUACUGAAACUACUCGUCAACAAUCUGUUCACUAUGGUUGCAUGGUUGUAGAUAAAGAAACAAAUAUCAUACAGCAUUAUGUUGAAAAGCCAUCUACAUUUGUUUCAAACACAGUGAACUGCGGUGUUUAUUUGUGUUCCCCACGGUUAUUUGAUACUAUAGCAGAUAUUCAUUUAGAAAUGUCUAACAGUAACGGAAAUGGUAAUCAACAACACAUCACCAGGUAUACUACUAGCAGUAAUAAAAAUAAUAUUAACCAACAGCAGCAACAAAAGCCAACUGAAGAACGAGUUGCUGCUGCCAUGGUCAUGUGGAUGGAACAAGAUGUGCUACGUAGACUGGCAGGGGAAUCUGGAAGUAGUUGCAGUAGUGGGGGUGAUGGUGGUAGCAGAAUAAAGAAAGAUGCUGGUUGUGGUGGAGUGGCAUUGGCAGCAACCACACGUAACUGGUGGUCCCAAUUAAAGACUGCUGGUGCAGCAAUCUAUGCAAAUCGUCACUACUUAGCGUUGCGCCAACAACGGCAACGGUUACUACAACGAGAGUUAAUUGAUUUACCAUUGCCUUCACCCGUUAAAUGUCGAUUGGCAACUGCAGAUCCUAAAGGUGGAUAUUCAACAAUUGGAAAUGUGUAUGUGCAUCCAUCAGCUCUAGUGCAUCCUACCGCAUUACUGGGUCCAAAUGUAAGUGUAGGAGAAGGAGCUUGUAUUGAUCAAGGUGUACGUAUUAAGGAGUCUAUUGUGUUACAAGAUGCUGUCAUUGGUCAACAUAGUCUGGUGAUGCACAGUAUUAUUGGUAGACGUGCUAAAGUUGGUGCUUGGUGCCGUGUAGAAGGGAGUGCGGCGUGCUCCGACCCUAAUCCUAAUGUGGCAUAUGCAAAAAUGACACCUCAGCUGCCCUUAUUUAACGCCUUAGAUGGUCGCCUCAAUCCAUCCAUAACUAUACUCGGUUGUGGAGUCAACGUCGAAUCUGAGGUAGUAUUAUUGAACAGCAUUGUGUUGCCUUACAAGACUUUAACCAGAAGUUAUAAAAAUGAAAUAAUAUUGUGAUCAUUGAUUAGUUUAGAGACUUUUGCAAUGUAAAUUAAUAAUAUUUUUGUAUAUCGUAUGACAAUUAGGAAGCCCGCUGUUGAUAAAUAAAUUGUGAUGUACAUUUAUUAUUAUUAUAAAUACAAGUAUUUAUGUUGGUAUACUUAUAUUUCAUAUUCUUAAUGAUUAUUUAUGCACAUUAUUAUUGUUAACUGUUACACAAGUGUAUUUUUGCGUUUUACCAUUAAAUACAAAUUUUAUUAUUAUAAUUUAUUUAAAUAUACAUUUUUAUAAUACUAAAUAAUGGUUUUUUUUUACUUAUAUCUUAUUAUUUUUUAAAUUAUGGAGGCCAGUUGAAGUAUUUUAUUAGAUGAUUUUUUAAUGUUUUGGGCAGGUUUCCAACUGGAAAUAGCUAAAACACCACCCAAAAAUCUUUGAAGAUUUCAUAAGUUACACAUUGUAUAACAUUUAUUGUCUUAUGUGUUAUUGUACAUAAAUCCAUUUGUACCUAUGGUGUCGGUAAUUCGUCUGGAAUUCUCAGAACACAAUUGAAAUAAGUUUAUUGACAAUAAUAUUGUUAUUUUAUUACUCUCUCAAAGUCUAAUGUUAAAGUUACGAUAUUGUCAUGUUAAAUAUCAAUCCUCUUUAUGAAUAUUGAUAAUUUAAUGCAUUCUUUAUAUUCGAAACAAAAAAUGAUGAAAAUUAAUAAUUUAUGAAACAAAAUAUAAAAAUAAUUAAUUUUCAAUAGUUUGUAAUAAUUAAAAAUAUAUAUUCUACUACUAUGAGUAGCAAUCAAUUAAAAAACGUAUACAACAAUUAACUUAAGUAAAAAAAGAUUUCUGAAUUGUAUCAUAUAAAUUAAAACAACUGAAGCCGGGGAGUUCCCAAGUUAGACUCUUUGGGUCGGCUUAGUAACAUAUGAAAUUUGAAUACCCCAAACUCUGAAAUGCGAAUAAUAAUAAAUAUUAAGUCUUCUUGAAAAAUGGGAUGUUAAUUAUUGUAGGGCUGGAUAAAACCCUAAAAAUCUGUAGACUCAUAUCCGUACUCUAUCUGUAGUUUCAUAUUCUGCGCUUAUAACAAACAUGAGUGGAAGUGCCAAAGCUUCUUUAAAAUAAUUUAUAUAAUAUACUUCAAAAUAAAUGAUUAUUGGAGCUUUUAAAAAUUAAUGGUUUGAUUAUUUUUUUUAUAUAUCAGAUUUGAUUAAAAAAAAAAAAUAAUUUUAGCCUCUACCAAUCAAUAGACUUAUUUUAAACAUACCUGGCAAUAUAACACAAUGUCAUAUGAUAGAUAAUAAUUGUAUUUUGUAAAUAUUAAUUCUACAUAAAACAGCUUACAUAUAUAUACAUUUCAAGGGCAGUAAUUAUAGAGUGCUUAUUGUGAAUAAAAAAAAUACACGACCCUUAAUAAUUUUUCAGUUAAUUAAUACAAACCAUGGGUCAUCUUAGUAUGCACAUUGCACAAUUAACUUAAUAAAUAAUUUCAUAAGCACACAUUUAUUUUAGUAAAUAAUUUGAAUAUAAAUCUACAUCAUUUACAUCACAGAAUUAUGAAAAGAAAAAUAUCUUUUGUGGCACUCAUGACUUGAAAGAUAUUCUUCUCCUCAGUAUCCAUCCAGACCGUUGUAUAAUUUAUUGAUUGAGUUUUCGCCUAAUAUUCUUU